CUUCUCCCAGAGGAUGAUGACCAAUGGUUAGAUCUCUCACCAGAUCAGCUGGACCAGCUACUACAAGAAGAUGCUGGCAAAAAAUCAGAGCCUGUUUCCAAGGAAGAGAAGGAGCAGAAUUAUGACUUAACUCAAGUUUCAGAGAGGAUGAAAGCUUUCAUAUCCAAAGUCUCAACCCACAAGGGAGCAGAGCUGCCAAGAGAACCUUCUGAGGCUCCAAUCACUUUUGAUGCAGAUUCUUUCCUGAAUUAUUUUGAUAAGAUUUUAGGGCCAAGGCCUCAUGAGUCAGACUCUGUGAUCUGGAUGAGGAAGAUUUUGAAUAUUUAGACAGCGGUGAUGACUUGGACCUCCAAAUGCAGGACUCUCAUGAAGAGGCUUCUCUGAAAGGAACUCUUAAUAAUCUGAAGUCAUAUAUGGCCCAGAUGGACCAGGAACUGGCACACACCAGCAUUGGCAAAAGUUUCAUCACUCAGAAACAAGUGGAACCUGUAUCCCAGACUAUGAGUAACAGUUCAGAUGAGGAAGAUUCUGUUGCAGGAGAAUCUGUUAUGGCACCAGUAGACGUAGACCUGAACUUGGUUUCGAAUAUAUUGGAAUCCUAUAGCUCCCAAGUUGGACUGGCAGGACCUGCUUCCAACCUUCUACAAAGCAUGGGAGUGCAACUGCCUGACAACACUGAUCCCAGUCCCACAAAGGAUCUCUCCAGCUCUGAGAGAGGGGUGUUGAAGUUAACUUCCUUGAAUAUAACAACAAUGAAGACACAAGUUACCAAAACCUAUGGGAUAAAGCAAAAGCAAUCCUGAGAGGAUAAUUUAUCUCUUUAGAAGCCUACAUUCAAAAAACAGAAAGAGAGCACAUCAAUAAACUCACAAGCCAUCUGAUGGAAUUAGAAAAAGAAGAACAAUCUAAGCCUAAAUCCAGCAGAAGAAAAGAAAUAUCCAAAAUUAAAUCAGAGAUUAAUGAAAUUGAAAACAAAAGAAUCAUUCAGAAAAUUAAUAAAACAAGGAGUUGGUUUUUUGAAAAAAUAAACAAA